UCAAUCGAGAUACGAUAUAUCGAUCAUUAAAUUAUACGUCCUAUAUCAUUUUAUGUUAAUUGAAAUAUCGUCGUAUACUUUGACGUGUGUGUAUGUAUUGCGGUUUCCUCGUUUCUCGUAUUAUAUAUCUUUCAGCGUUAGAAUAGUUGAUCAAGUUGGCCCUUCUAUGUAGACUUUAUAGUUCUUUGGUAUAACUUGUUAGACAAAAUUCAGAAGUAGUUACUUCGAAAAUUGAGAAGAAAUUAAACCUGUGAUUUGAGGUGGCGUGCAAGAAGCCGAGGUUGUGGAAAAGUUUUGUGCGCAAUUGAGAAUUCCGACGGUAGAGAAUUGAAAGCGUCGAAAGUAACGAGUCAUCUACCAAAUCAAGAUGGCAGAAGGGCAAGAGAAUCGGAAGAAGAUCACUAUUAACGUUAAAACGCCGAAAGAAAAACAGAGCGUUGAAAUAGAGGAGGAUGCGACGAUUAAAGAUUUUAAAGAGGCGGUCUCGAAGAAAUUUAACGCCCAGAUAGAUCAAUUGUGUUUGAUAUUCUCGGGGAAGAUUAUGAAAGAUCAUGAAACACUUACUACACAUAAUGUCAAGGAUGGUUUGACCGUACAUUUGGUUAUCAAAGCACCCCGCACACCAACCAACCAAACUCAAGAGUCCGUAUCGUCUCAGAGACCACAAGCUGAUAUAAGUGCCAGUCCUUUUGGUCUUGGUAGCUUAGGUGGACUUAUGGGGUUAGAAUCUCUUGGAUUAGGUUCUGCUAAUUUUAUAGAUUUGCAGCAACGUUUACAACGUGAAUUAUUGUCGAAUCCAGAAACAAUGCGUCAAGUUCUUGAUAAUCCAUUGGUGCAAAGCUUUAUGAAUGAUCCAGAGAAUAUGCGCAAUUUGGUCACAACUAAUCCCCAAAUGCAGGAACUUAUGCAAAGUAAUCCUGAAAUUAGUCAUAUGCUAAAUAAUCCAGAACUUUUAAGACAAACAAUGGAGCUAGCCCGUAAUCCAUCUAUGCUACAAGAGCUAAUGCGUUCACAUGAUCGUGCUCUAUCUAAUCUUGAGAGUAUUCCUGGUGGAUAUAGUGCUUUACGCCGCAUGUAUAGAGAUAUUCAAGAACCUAUGCUUGCUGCUGCAGCAAACGAACGUAAUCCUUUUGCAGCAUUGGUAGAAAACAGCAAUAAUCAAGAUGGACAAACUAAUCCACAGCAAGGUCAAGAAAAUAGAGAUCCUUUACCCAAUCCCUGGAAUCAAAGUCAGAAUGAAACUUCUAAUCAAGGUCAACAACAAGGUCAGGGCAGAGGCCUUUUGGAUUCACCUGGAAUGCAAAGUCUUGCAGCGCAAAUGAUGGAGAAUCCUCAAUUAAUGAGAAAUAUGUUAAAUGCCCCGUAUACAAGAUCCGUAUUAGAAGCUAUGGCAGCCGAUCCAGCCAUGGCCAGUAGAGUGAUAGCUGCAAAUCCAUUUCUUAGGUCAAACCCACAAAUGCAAGAACAAAUGCGCGCUAUGAUGCCGGCUUUUAUACAACAAAUGCAAAAUCCACAAAUACAAAAUGUCGUCACCAAUCCGGAUGCUUUAGCUGCCAUUAUGCAAAUUCAGCAGGGCAUGGAGCAGCUACGAACCGUUGCACCCGAACUCGUUGAAAACUUAGGACUAACUGUACCUAGCGCACCGGCAACAACACCGGGAAAUACAGCUACCACAACUUCAAAUCCAUCGACAGGGCAAACAACGGAUACGAAUCAGCAGGAUGCAUUUUCUCAAUUUAUGGCUCGCAUGGUAUCAGCAAUGGCACUAAAUCAAGGAGUAGAAGUCGACGGGCAACCUGUACCACCACCAGAAGAACGUUACAGAGCACAGUUAGAACAACUUACGGCUAUGGGUUUUGUGAACAGAGAUGCUAAUUUACAAGCUUUGAUCGCUACUUUUGGAGAUAUAAAUGCUGCUGUUGAGAGACUAUUGGCUAAUGGACAAGUAUCUAUGAGCUAACCACCAAUCUGCAAUACUGUUAUUCCAUUACUAUCUUUAAUUAUAUCCUUAUUUACCUCUUACGACUGGCAUGAAGAAAGAUACACGAGGUAACUGGCUAUUGAAAAUUAUAAACUUCUAAUCUGAAUCUUGACAGAAUACAUACUACUGACACGUUUAAUAUGCAUUUGUACAUUUAAUCCGAUUAGUACUUGCUCAGUUCUUUUCCGAUCAUUUUUUACUAGAACAACAAAUAUCAGCAGUUAAGAUUACAUUUCAAAAUCCGUUUCCCAUAAAUGCCGAAUCUCCUUAAAUGUUAUUCUUUCUUUUUUGUUUUUUUUCUCCACCCCUCCUCUUCGUCCCCUCCUCCCUUUUUUCUUCUUUUUCUUUUUUUUCUCUCCUUCUUUUUUCCUUCUCUUUUUUUUUUUUUUUUUUUUUUUUUUUUUUUUUUUGAUGUGCUCUAAAACAAAAUAUAUAUAUAUAAAACUCUGUUGAUAUAUCCUAUUACACUUGGAAAUUAUUUCUGGUGUUUCUUAGAAACGAUCAAACCUGCAUGGAAAAUAGAUUGCUGCUGCUCAUUGUAUUGCUUCGGGCUUUAUCCAUGAUAUAUUCUCUAAUCGGUUUUUCAUAAAUAUAAUAUUAAUAAUAAUAAUAAUAUAAUUAUUAUAAUAAUUAUACAAUAGGAGGUAUAUUCACCUGUAUUAUAAAUCAUAAUAUACAAAUUAUUAAUACAUUUUUAAGAAAAAUAAAUGCAGAAAUUAUGAGAUAUAUAUAUAUAUAUGUGUGUGUAUAUAUAUAUAUGUAUAUAUAUAUAUAUAUAUAUUACGAUAUAUAUAUAUAUUGGACGUAUGAUGUUAUGCAUAUCUUGUUUAGUUUCAUGCGAGUUUUACGUUGAAAACGUAUAAUAGUGAUACGUUUUAGCUUGUUCUAUUUUCUGUCGUUUUGAAAAUACAAAUUUACAUAUAAACAAAAUUUAACGAAAGCUAGUUGGAUAAAUAUUUUCCAUGGAAGUUUGGAGAGUAUAAGUAUGUUUAUAUAUAUAUAUAUAUAUAUAUAUAUAUAUAUAUAUAUAUAUAUAUAUAUAAACAAAAAAAAAUAUAUAUAUAUAUAAACAAAAAAGUAUAUAUAUAAACAAAAAUAACAAAAAAAAAAUUCAAUAUUUUUUCCGUUAUUCUUCACGUUGAUAUGCACCAUCCUUUUUUUUGUUUUUUUUUUUUUUUUUUUUUUAUUAUUUUUCUUUUUACUUUCUUUUUUUUCCUUUUUUUUUCUAUUUUUUUUUUUUUUUUUUUUUUUUUUUUUUGGAUUUAAUUUAGCCUGCCUAUAAACAUAAACGUAUUAAGCGUUAUAUGUCUUGUAAUACAAAUUUUAGAGAUUUGUAGCGUGGCGAUCAAGAAACUAAUGACGUAGGUUGUUUAUAGAAGAGCGUACGUAAAGAUUGACUUGAUAAAAAAGCGUCACAUGUAAAUGUGUUGAAAUUUAAACCUAAUUAAUUGUCGGUUAGUUUUAAGGUAUUAAAAGAAAAACAGAAAAAUGAAAAAAAAGAAGAAAAAGAGAAAAAAAAGAAAAGAAAAGAAAAGAAAAGAAAAGAAAAGAAAAAAAAAAACGGUGAAUGUUGUAAAUUAUCUUUAUCGAGAGGAAAUAUCUAUUAUUUCAAUAUUUUGGAUUAAUGUACGAUUAAAGAAAAUAUACGUACGCAUUAUAUUAUCCUUUAUGUAUAUUCAAUAUAUUUCACUGAAACAAGACAUUCUGUAAAACCAAUUGUAUUACAAAUAAAAUUGUGGUUGAUUCAUA